AUGGGCCGAUCUCUUGUCAAAACUGCUCUUUCACGCAAUGAUCUUGUGAGUGCAGUCGGUCGAACAUACGAAAAUAGUCCUGAGUGCAUGAAAGAGCUAGAGGACGAACAUGAGAAUUGCUUGGGGCUGCUCUGUGAUGUUCGGGCUCGGGAAACCGUAAAACGAGUUAUCGAGCAGACGAUUGCUCGAUUCGGCCACAUCGAUGUCAUUGCGAACUGUUCAGGCUACGGGGUUAUUGGGGCCUGUGAGGACCAGGACGAAUUUGAUAUUCGGAAUCAGUUUGAGACCAACUUCACGGGCACCCUGAACAUGAUCCAGUUGUCGCUGCCGCACUUCCGCGAACGGCGGGCCGGUCGGUAUUUGAUCUUCAGUUCGACGUCUGGAGCUCUCGGGGUGCCAGGUCUGGGGCCAUACUGCGCCUCUAAAUACGCGGUCGAAGGCUUGAUGGAGAGUAUGCUGUACGAGGUCGACAGCUUCAACAUCAAGGGCACACUGGUGGAGCCCGGCCAUAUGCGCCGGGACGAUAUCGGGGACCUCGUGUCGCCUUCUGUGAUGGCCAACAACCCCUCCGAACACAAUCUCUCCUCACCACUCCCGCUUUAUGGCCAUUUCUUGGUGAAACCACCCAGCGAACCAUACAACACCACCACUUCACCCGCUGCUCACGCUCGUCGUAUGCUCAUGUGGCUAGGUGACAAGCAACCGGCGUCGGCUGUCAAGGCUGCUCACUUAGUGUGGGAGCUUGGUCACUGCUCUUAUCCUCCUUUGCGCUUGAUUCUCGGUACGUAUGCUGUCGAGAGCAUUCGCGACCGUUUGAAGUGUAUCAUUGAGGAAAUUGAAGACUGGAAGCAUCUGAGUUUUCCACUUGGCGAAUCACAGCCGGCUCCUGUGCCCCGAGAAAGGGCAUCGACUGUUGGAGAUGGAAACGAGGGCGAUAAUCCGUCAUGA